CUUGCACCUGCAAUUUCAGUUUUUUCUUCCAUUGAAGGGCUAAAAUUUCGAUCAAAGGAUGUACAUAGCAAUACCGUGGUUAUUAUCGCCUGCUUUCUAUUGGUUCUCCUUUUUGUCUUGCAACACCGUGGGUUCCACAAGUUGGCAUUCAUGUUUACUCCCAUUGUGAUUCUAUGGUUGCUGUCCAUUGCUGCUGUUGGAAUCUAUAAUAUUCUUAGGUGGAAUCCAGUUGUAUAUCGGGCUCUUUCUCCAUAUUAUGGUUACAAUUUUUUUAAGCUUACAGGAAAAGAUGGUUUUAUUUCUCUUGGAGGAAUACUUUUAUGUCUUACUGGAAGUGAAGCUAUGUUUGCAAAUCUUGGCCACUUCACUGCAACAUCAAUCAGGGUUGCAUUUACUUGUGUUAUUUAUCCAUGUUUGAUACUUCAAUACAUGGGGCAAGCUGCCUUUCUCUCAAAGAAUUUAUCUGCAGCACCUAUGAGCUUUUUUGCUUCUGUUCCUGAUACCUUCUUUUGGCCAGUUUUUUUUGUGGUAACUUUGGCUGGAAUAGUUGCUAGUCAAGCAGUUAUCUCUACCACGUUCUCAGUUGUCAAAGAGUGCCAUGCAUUUGGAUGUUUCCCACGUGUCAAGAUUGUACAUAGCAGGAGAUGGCUUCCUGGUCAGAUAUACAUUCCAGAGAUAAACUGGAUCCUGAUGGUUCUCAGCCUCGCUGUUACAAUGGGAUUUCGAAGCACAAAGCUUAUAGGAAAUGCUUAUGGCAUUGCGUAUAUGACUUUAGCAAUAGUGACAACAUGGUUGACAUUUCUGGUCAUCAACCUUGUGUGGCAGAAGUCCCUCGUGCUUGCCCUUUUAUUCACAGUGCUCUUUGGAUCGGUUGAUAUUUUCUACUUCUCCUCUUCUUGUAUGAGAAUCCCGAAAGGUGGAUGGGUUCCUCUAGCAUUUGCUUUGAUCUUCUUGCUCACUAUGUAUGCAUGGCAUUAUGGUUUGAGGAAUAAAUAUUUGUACGAUCAACAUACCAAACUCUCCAUGAGGUGGAUUCUCUCACUGGGUCCUAGUCUUGGGAUCAUUAGAGUUCCUGGGAUUGGUCUUAUCUACACUGAGUUAGCUAGUGGAGUCCCCGCUACUUUUACUCACUUCGUAACGACUUUACCGGCCUUUUACCAAGUGGUUGUCUUUGUCUGUGUUAAAACUGUUCCUGUUUCUCAUGUACCCCAUAAAGAGAGGUAUCUCAUUGGUCGGAUUGGUCCCAAAUCCUAUCGGCUGUACCGCUGUAUUAUCCGGAAUGGUUAUAAAGAUACAUACAGAGAUGGAGAUGACUUAGAAAAUGAUCUAGUGAUGAGCAUAGCAGAAUUCAUCCAGAUGGAAGCGGAAGGUUGUGGGGCUGUUGACGGCUCUGUGGAUGGCCGGAUGGCAGUUGUGAAGACAUCUGAAAAGUUUGGUACAAGAUUAGCGAUAGCAGACUUGUUUGGUCCUGGAGGAAGCAGUAGUUCGCACCCAACAGUGGUUGUGAGUGGCUACAAGUCACCCACGCUUCAGAAUUUGCAGGCUAGUUAUGAGCAAGAAUCACCCCAACUCAACUGUAGGAAGCGGGUUCGGUUUGAGUUGCUGGAUACAAAUUACAAGGAUCCUCGCGUCAAGGAAGAGCUUUUGGAGCUUGUUGCAGCCAAAUGUGCUGGGGUGACUUAUAUUAUAGGCCACUCGCAUAUAAAGGCAAGGUCAAAUUCACCAUUUUUGCACAGAUUUGCAGUCAAUGUGGUGUAUUCUUUCCUCCGUAAAAACUGCCGAUCUCCUGCCGUGGCCUUGAAUAUUCCUCGUAUAUGUUUGAUUGAGGUGGGAAUGAACUACAAUAUGUAGUGCAAAGCUCUCUAGAUGGUUACCAUUUUCUGAAAAAUUGUACAGCAGAAAGCAAAACUUGCUUGAACAGUUUCAGAUUUGCGUGUGUUCAACUGAUUCAUGGCUCUCGCUUUGCAUACGGCAUGCCAUCUAGUCGAGCUGUUCAGUGAAUCUUUGCUAUUUGGAUUCCAUUUUCGAGAGAAUCUCAUAAAGGGUCUUUCUGUCAAA